AGCUUGAUGAGCGUCGCAUUACCUCAAGAAUUCACAUCCUUCUCUCUUCUUUCCCGGAGCUCGCCUGUGAAUAUUCUUUUAAUUUAAAUUAAAAAAUAUUCAAAUAUGUCAUUCAUGGGCCCAUCAACUUCAGGUCUCUCUAGAAGUGUACUUGGUAAUGCUGAUGCUUCCAUACAGUCAUCACGUAAUCAGACUUCAUCAAACGAAUCCCUUGAUAACACAGAUCAUGUAUCUAGAUAUUUUGAAGCACCUAAUAUAAAUCCCAAAAAAAACAAUACAAUGACCUUAGAUAACUUUAGUGAUAUGUUCACACGCCCUGAUAAUCGCAAAAAAACUAUAUGUAAAUUUGAUCUCAAGAAGUUUAAACUUGAAGAGUUAACGGUGAGGAUUGAAAAUGGUUUUCUUGUGAUCAGAGGAAAUCAUAAAGAAAAGAGAGAUAAAUUUGGCCUUAUCUCAAGAUCAUUCAUAAGAAGAGUGGUCGUUCCAAGAAAUAUAAUUAAUAAUGAAAUCAGAUCAUACUUCUUUUCCAAUGGAUUACUAACGGUAACUGCAAAGAAAAGAUCAAGAAUAUCCCGCAUAAAAGAGAUAACCAUACAUCAGAUUAAUAAACCAGCUUUGGCAGAACACAUGAUUCCACCAAAUUUCAGACAACCGCUGAAUUGCCAAAAGCACACAAUGUUUAAACCUGGAUUCUUGGCAACCUUGGAUUAUUUUCGAAAAUGUGCACAGCCUUCUAACAUACAAAAUAGGUGUUUCAACUAAAAGUUUUCAUUGAUUUUAUAAUUCAAGAAAAAAGUUGGAAAUAUUAAAGCAGGUUGAUGCACUUUUUCCAGUGGUAUAUAUUUAUUUAUGCACUGAUGAAUUUAAUUCAACAAUAAUUAUCAGAAGGUUUUAAAACAGGGUUUUCUGUUAUUUUUUAUUAUAAAAAUCAUUAUAUUUUUUAUGUUUUAGCAGUUGCUGGUAAGGUAUUACAAUGUAUUACAUUUAAAAUUGUGAAUGAAAUAUAAAAUGCCUUUAAGAUAUGUAUAUCUUUUCAGACUGUAAUUUCUAAGAAAAAAUAAAUUGUUCAUUAAAAGAAUGGUUUAAAGGCCUAAUAUAAAUAAUUAAUUUGACUAAUUAAUAAAGUUGGAUUAAAUUAA